GAAAAAAAAUACUAGGUGACUCAAACCUAAGUACCGAUAAAAUAAUUGAGAUGAACACAAGUUAGUGAGCCCACUUCGUGUCCACCCACCAACUGUAAAUCCUAUAACAUUAGAGGAAGUCUACUCAAUUUAGUGGGAAAAACGAGUGUACAGUUUAAAUAGGAACUAGGGGAACCGCCGUCAUACAUUAGCAGCAGCUAAAAGGACACUGCUUUGUCUGCAAACUCCACAAUUCUCUGCCGGAGUCCAAUCGAUGGAAAUAAUAUGCCCAAUCGAUAAGCAGUUUUCCGACCAAAUUGCCGCAUUUCUCAAGCCACCUCCUCCUCACGAAGUCCAGAAAUAUUUUGAGGAGCUAUUAGCCACUAGACAAUGCCGCCGCCUCAAAGUUAAACCUACUGCAUACCAUGGAAAGGGGGUUUAUGCUGAGACAGACUUCAAAGAGUCGGACCUUGUUUUGAAGGAUCAAAUGCUUGCUGGUGCCCAACAUUCUUCAAAUAAGGUAGACUGUUUGGUAUGUAGUUAUUGCUUCUGCUUUAUUGGGUCAAUAGAACUUCAAAUUGGGAGGAAACUUUAUUUAGCACAGCUGGGUGUCUCCCGAAACAGGUUUUCUCAGAUGAACACCUCUCGGUGCUGCAUUGUCUCUGGUUGUAUCCAUAUGCUAUUCAAAAUGAUAGAUAGCUUUAGUGUGCUAUCCUUUUCUUCUUCAUUUUUUCGCAGCAAAUCAUGCGCUGAGGCUGAUUGGGAGUCUUUUCAUUCUUUGCUAUGUACAGGGGAGGGGUCAAAGUCAUUAAGCACAAAAGCGCUUCUGAAAUUCAUGGAACAUGCUAAUGAUACAAAUGACAUUUUCCUUCUUGCAGCAAAGGUGAUUUCUUUCACCAUCUUGAGACACAGGAAGUUGAAAGAAAGUCGUCAUGAGGGAAAAGGGAAGCAGGAUAUUUCGGAAAGCAGGGAUUUUUCUUUACUGCUGGAGGCGUGGAAGCCAGUGUCCGUGGGAUACAAGAGAAGGUGGUGGGAUUGCAUUGCUUUGCCAGACGAUGUUGAUGGUUCUGAUGAAGCAUCAUUUAGAAUGCAAAUAAAAGAGCUGGCGUUCACGUCUCUGCAGCUCCUCAAGGCAGCUAUCUUUGACGAGGAAUGCAAGCCAUUACUCUCCCUUGAAAUGUAUGGUCAUAUUAUUGGCAUGUUUGAGCUGAAUAACCUUGAUUUGGUGGUAGAGUCACCAGUGGAGGAUUACUUUCUCUACAUUGAUGAUCUUCCUCUCCCUGGAAAGGAAGAGGCUGAGCAAACUACAAAGCCUAUCCUGGAUGCUCUUGGUGAUGACUAUUCUAUUUGUUGUCAAGGUACUGCAUUUUUCCCCUUGCAAAGCUGUAUGAACCAUUCGUGCAGACCUAAUGCAAAAGCUUUUAAGCGAGAAGAGGAUCGGGAUGGCCAAGCAACUAUAAUUGCUCUUCAACCAAUUGCCAAAGGAGAAGAGAUAACUAUUUCAUAUAUAGACGAAGACCUUCCUUUUGAAGAGAGACAGGCAUUACUCGCAGACUAUGGUUUUCGAUGUCGAUGCUCCAAGUGUCUAGAGGAAGCCUAAUUAAAGAUUAAAGGCAGCUUCUUUGAGAGAAUUUCAUAUAGUAAAGGGCUAUCUUUUACCCUUUCCCAUUAAACAAUUUUCCUUGAUAUAACUAGUUAAGCAUAAAAUUUGAUUAACCUAUUGUUUGUUUCCUGAGAAAAUUGAAAGGUAGACUGGAGAAAAUUUUGUCGAAUGAGUUGAUUGCAGGAAAGCAUAUUGGCUAUAAAAUUCCAUGAAAUUGUAGUAAAUGUCCGGCUAAAGUUGUUUAGCGAAAAGACUUCAAAGAUGUAAAACCCCGGAUUUCGUGAUUCUUUCUUAUGAAAUACUUUAUUUUCGUA